AUGGCGUCCGAAAUUCCCGAACGGCUAAUCAUCGGACCGAAGGAAGGUGUAACCUAUCCGCUAACGGUAGCGUACUGUGGCAACUGCUCCAUGCCGCUCGAGUACUGCGAGUACUACCCGGACUACGAAAAAUGCAAACAGUGGCUGGAAAAGCAUCUGCCGGAUGAGUUCGAGCGCAUGAAGAUGGGUGCGACGGGCGGCGGCGGCGGUGGCGAUAAGGGUGGCACCGGCGCAGGUGCCACCUCGAACGCUGCCGGUGAACCGGCCGGGGAUGGCGCGGACGACGCGAAGAAACCCCAGAAGCGCGGCGGCAAGGGCAUGAUGAAAACGAAAAAGGCGAAGGACGACGUGCCGAAGAAGAUAACGCUGUCCCGGUCGGCACGGGGCAAGCGGAAGUCCGUCACGGUGGUGACCGGUCUGGCGACGUUCGAUAUCGAUCUCAAGCUGGCGGCCAAGUUUUUCGGCACCAAGUUUGCGUGCGGCUCGUCCGUCACCGGGGACGACGAGAUCGUGAUUCAGGGCGACGUUAAGGACGAGCUGUUUGACAUCAUCCCGGAAAAGUGGCCCGAAAUUGAUGAGGAUUUCAUCGACGAUCUGGGCGAUCAGAAGCGUUAGGGUGGUGGUGUGCGCGCGGGGAGAGCGGCAAGGCUUUUAGGGAACAACUCGCCGCAACAAACAACAACAACAAACACUACUUGGCUGUUGCAGAUGGUGAUACUGUGGUUCGAGUCUUUCGCGCAGGAAGCUUACUGUACUGAGGGCAAAUUGCUGCUGUAAUUCGCUGCGUAGCAACGGAAAGGAACGGAACGGCGCGUAAAGUCAUUUAAAUGUAAAAUAAACACAGAGCCAUGUGCUUUUACAAUGGAAA